UUCAGUCUCACAAUGCUAUUGGAUCAUACGUUUGUUUAUAAGUCACGCCUUCUGGCCAUGAACUCACACAACCUCUCAAGGUUUCCUUCGAACAACAUCUAUUUGUUUCAUUGGACCUGAUUCAUCAGAUUCAAGGGAGAGAGGCGUGCUGACAGAGACCACUUGUACACAACUGUGCCAGUAGACAGGGAGUCUUUGAGGGCUUGUGGAGCGGACCAGACCCGCAUAUCAAUCAGCGACUGGCUGAGUCCAAGCAGCGGAUAUCUGAAAGGGAGCAAGAGGGUGAUGGCCGUGUUUGAAGAAGGUAGGAAAAAGCAAACUAUAACAUAACAAAAAAAAAAAAAAAACGCUUCUGUCUUUGUCCAGCCACGUGUGCGCACAAGAAGGCGCAAGGAGGUGCGGGGAUUGCGCAUAUGUGCCAGACGCAGUCGAGUACGCGGCGCACCGUGGAAUUAUUCACACUGCUUCUCCCCAACUGACGACUUCCAUCGCUCGACAAUAUGCACGCUGGAGUCUGGCUUUCGGUGGUGUGUUCCGUGUUUUUUUUCACCGGGCUGCAGUGGACCGCAGCGGCGGGGAUGGAUGCCUCCACGGCCGGCCCCGGCCCGCAAAACGCGGGGAAAAGAGACUUAAAUCAGACGAUAAACUCGCGACUGAAGAGGAAAACGCUGGCGGUGGAUUUCGCCGUGCCCUCUCUGUUGCGUUAUUACCUGGCGGAGUUGGUGAAAAGACCCCUCAAUGGAGACUGCCAGACUUUUGGAGGCUGCUACACAGUUAGUGCAAACUUAAACAUGCACUGCAUCCCCUUGCAGAAAACCCUAUCUACUUUUGUCGAGCAGGGGGCUGCAGGAUCCGCCGCCAGGAACGCGUCCGGCGACGGACAGCUCCCUUUCUUUUCCAAGCGGCCGCUGUCCAAAGUUCUGAAAUUGGGUCUGACCAAAGCCAGCCGCAAGUCGAACCAAGUGGUGGUGGAAAUAGGAGAGGAUUUCGUCAGGACGGGCUGCGGGGGGCUGUCGGUGUACGAGGAGGCCCCCGUGUUGACCCUGGAAGUGGACAUCACGACUAUUAUGGAGUGGUGGCUUGGCGCGGACGGGGGCCGACUGAGGGUCCGGCUCAUGCCGGAGAAAAGGGCGCAGGUGCCCGGCGUCGAGGACCGCUACACUGCGGCCAUACGCGCGGCUGACCCCCGCCUCUUUCUACAGAUUUUCUCCCAGGGUGAGAUUUUGGCUGGUAGGACUGGCAUUCCUCAGGGGUUCUGGAGCUUUUCCUGGGUAGCUGAGGAUGACCUGAGCUUUCCCAACAACUUGAUGCCCAUGUCAGGUCCGCCAUGUGACAGAAGCAGAUCAUGUGACCAGAACCUUGAUCGUGUCCCAGAGUUUACAUGGAGCAUAGUGGCUACAGGGGACACACUGGAGGAACGCGACAUAAAGACGGAAAAGAAGGCAGGAAGUCCCCAAGGGUGGGAGGAAGGUCAGUUUCUGUGGGUGAAUGGUUCCUCCUUUGGGGGCCCCUGGGUGCUGAGUCCAUGGCUGUGGAGUGGCCCUGUUCCCUGUAGCUUGGACAUGGCCUUGUAUCUGCACCCCAAGCAAAGUGGGCAAUAUAACAUAUGGCUUAUUGAGCGGGAUAAGCCUCAACUUUCUCUCUUCUCCACUGACACAUUGCCUCGUAUUACAGGCUGGGCGGUUGCUCACCUCACACUGGGGACCCAGGGGGGAUCACCUUUCCGGAUCUCAGCCAGCUACAACCAGCGAAUCCUGGGUGAAACAGCCAUGAUUGAGCCCAACUUUACCACCAACUGCACCAUGGCUUCCUCACCGGGGUCUUUCAUCACACUUAAGGGUCAGUACCACUGUCACCAAGGACCUGGGAUCCCAUUGGACAAACUGUGUGACUUCAAUACAGACUGUCCGUUUGGGGAUGACGAGGGCGAGCGAUGCCGCCACUUUCUCAAUGGCAGCUACUGCUCUUUUGAAGAGGGCGAGUGCAGUUGGCAGCCGAUAAUGGGCCACAGUGUCUCUUGGAGAAGACUGCAGUCUCCAGCCAAGACUACAAGACAGAGCUGCCCAUCCUCAGGUGCAACACUCAGUGUGGAAGGGAAAGGCCAAGGUCGCUCAGCAUCACUAAGGAGUCCUCUCUUUCCGCCGCCAUUAAGAAACUCCCCAUGCACGGUACGUUUCUGGGUGUGUUCUGGUGGCUUAAAGAAGGUCUCGCUGUCUUUGUGGCUGGUGGAGAACAGCACAGGCCCUGAGGAGCAGCGCCAACUGUGGCACCUAGCCAGUGAACCCCUUUCUGAGCGGGGCUGGAAACUCUUUACGGUUCCACUUUAUGGGCUGGCAGACUGGUUCUGGUUACUGUUCAGCACUGAAGAUGGACCUGGACCUGGUUCCUCUAUCUCUCUUGACAACAUCUCUUUCAGUAUGAACUGCUUCCUGGCUUCAAAUGGAGAAUUUCCACCGGUGGCCAGCAGCACAACAAGGUUGGCCCUUGGACCACCAAUCACUACCACGCCUCCAUCCGUCGGGAUCCCACUGAUGAACUCCCACACCACUGAUUACUCCAAAAAAUGGAUUUUUCACACCUGUGGGGCUGCAGGACCUGAUGGUCCAACUCCCACCCAAUGCUCGAACUCCUACAGGAUCAGCAAAGUCAAUGUGACAGUGGGCACCCGGGGGCCUCUCAAAGGCAUUCAAAUGUGGCCCGUUCCUGAAACUGGAACCUACAGGAUCACAGCCUACGGUGCAGCUGGCGGACGUAGUGUUAUGGCCAUCAGCAGGUCACAUGGCACGUACAUGAGCGGCGACUUUCUGCUGAGAAAAGGAGAGCUGAUCUACAUCCUGGUUGGACAAAAAGGAGAGGAUGCCUGCCCCAAUUCCAAAGCCACGCUGAAUAAGAUCUGCCUGGAACAAAGCAGCCCGAUUUUGAAUAAAAGUCAAGUAAAGGGUGGAGGCGGAGGUGGGGGCGGGGCUACAUACGUGUUUAAGGUGGACAACGGGCUCCACGUACCCCUCAUCAUUGCUGCUGGUGGAGGCGGCCGAGGUUACAGCAGCCGAUCAGAGAGCCAGCUGGAACAGAUGGACUAUGAGCUCAGUCAACCGGGUCGCAAUGGGAAGUCACAUGCUGCAGGUGGAGGUGGAGGAUGGAAUGACGGCACUCCUGUCAGUCAGGGUGGCAGACCUCUGCUGCUGGGAGGGCAGGGAGGACAGGCCUGUCAAAAAUUCUGGCAGACACGAGGCGGCUUUGGAGGGGGUGGCGGUGGAUGUAUGGCAGGAGGUGGUGGUGGAGGCUACAGAGGCGGUAACACCUCAUUAAACGACAACCCAAAACACGACGGUGAUGAUGGUACUUCCCUCUUCGGUCCAGCAGGAGAGCCCUACCUCUACCCUCUCAAAGCAAUGGAGAGUGACGGAGAGGUGGUCAUCAGUCCAGUGCGGAACUGCAGUCACUGCGAGAGCCGCGAAUGCCACGAGAUAAAGGGAGACAUCGUCUGCUACUGUGACGAUGACCUCAUCCUGGCACCAGAUGGCGUGUCCUGCAUCAACUCAACAGAGGUGUCCCUCCUGCCUUCCCAGCCGUCUGUGUCCCACUUGGCUCUGGGUCUUUCUGUCGGCACCUCAGCCCUUAUCGCCGCCCUGCUGCUGGCCGUGUCUGGAGUCAUGAUAAUGUACAGGCGUAAACACACAGAGCUGCAGUCCAUACAGUUGGAGCUACAAAGUCCAGAUUGCAAGCUCAGUAAACUGCGGGCCUCCACCAUCAUGACCGACUACAAUCCAAACUAUUGCUUCGCUGGUAAGACGGCCUCAGUCAAUGAUCUGAAGGAAGUGCCAAGACGCAACAUUUCCCUUACCAGGGGUCUGGGUCAUGGUGCUUUCGGUGAAGUGUAUGAAGGUCUGGCUGUCGGGAUACCAGGAGAACCAAGUCCACUUCAUGUGGCAGUAAAGACUCUUCCUGAGGUUUGCUCAGAACAAGAUGAAUUGGACUUUCUUAUGGAGGCUCUAAUCAUCAGUAAGUUCAGCCACCAGAACAUUGUGCGCUGUGUGGGGGUCAGCUUGCACGCGAUGCCCAGGUUCAUACUGCUAGAACUGAUGACUGGAGGAGACCUUAAGACCUUCCUGAGGGAGAUGAGACCUCGACUGGAUCAACCUUCCAGCCUGUCCAUGGUUGACCUCCUGAAUGUAGCGAGAGACAUCGCUAAAGGCUGCCAGUAUCUGGAAGAGAACCAGUUUAUCCACAGGGACAUUGCGGCUCGUAAUUGCCUGUUGACGUGCAAAGGACAAGGCCGCGUGGCCAAGAUUGGAGAUUUUGGGAUGGCUCGUGACAUUUACAGGGCAAGCUAUUACAGGAAAGGUGGCCGUGCCAUGUUGCCCGUAAAGUGGAUGCCACCUGAAGCCUUCAUGGAGGGCAUCUUCACAUCAAAAACAGACACAUGGUCCUUUGGGGUUCUGCUGUGGGAGAUCUUUUCGCUGGGCUACAUGCCUUAUCCAAGUCGUAGUAACCAAGAAGUGCUGGACUUUGUGACUAACGGUGGUAGAAUGGACCCACCCAAAAACUGCCCUGGGCCUGUGUAUCGUAUAAUGACUCAAAGUUGGCAGCACCAGCCUGAGGACAGACCCAACUUUUCAACCAUCUUGGAGAGAAUCGACUACUGCUUGCAGGACCCGGAUGUGGUGACCAUGCCCUUGCCUAUCGAGUAUGGGCCCAUCCUGGAGGAGGAGGAGUGUGUACCCGCACACCCUGAUGACCUCUCGGGCGCUACUGUACUGGUGAAUGCUCAGGUGCCUGACGGGGGUCUCGCCCAGACGCCGCCAUCCUUCGCGGCAGAGGAGCACGCAGCUGGGACAAGCGCAGCGUCCGAGGCCAAAGCAAACACAGCCGCUCCGCCCCAGCUCUACCUCCUCCAGCACCAGCAACCUCACACGCAGACCUCCAUCACCAUGACGACCACUGUCACCUCCACAGCCGCCGCCACAGUCACCGCAGCGGGCACGGAGGGGGGCCACGUCAACCCGGCCUUCACCCAGAGCCACCCGGCAGAGCCGGAGAACGGCAAGAGCAGCAGUCUUUGGAACCCCACCUACGGCUCUUGGUUUCUGCAGCAGCAGCAGAGGAAGCAGCAGCAGAGGCAGGGGGGGAUGGGCGGCGGCGCCGGGGUGGCCGGCGGCGGCGCCAGCAGGGUGCCCGGUGAAGGGCAGGAGCAUGUGGGACGGACUGUGGCUGAGGUCGCCGGGUCUAUGGGUCUGCAGCAUAAGUUCCAACAUCAGCACCAGCUGCAGGUGCUGCACCAGCAGCAGCGGGGUCUCUGCAGACCCCUGUUAGUGCCCUCGUCCCCCGCCGCCCAGUCACCCCUACUUUUAGAUUCAGCUGCUUUGCCGCCGGGCCCCCUCUACAGACUGAGACGUUUCCCUUGCGGGAGCAUCGGCUUCGGCUACCAGGAGCAGGGCGUGUCAGUGGAGGCCAAUCCACCGCCGCCAUUUGCCUCCCAACAGGGGGCAUCAGCCGCCCACCAGAGAGCCCCCGUCCCCACCUCAGUGUCUCUGGGUCGAUCGGCGCUAUCAGAGGACAGCCGACCCCUCUUGGUCACCAUGGGAACAGUGCAGGACCCCCGCCUGCCCAGAAUGGAGGGGCACAAUGCCACCGUGCUUUAGCCAACUUGCCUGCGCCACUUUUUCACCCCCCAAGACUUUUCACUGUGUCAGGAAGGACGACUUGAGCCCAUCCUAGCAUCUUUUUGGCCCUCAAUCCAUCCCUUUUUUACUACAAAUGAACGUUAAAAGCACAUCAGAUGGCGAAACAAAUUCAAAAGCUAGUUUUUGAGUGGAAGAAAUGUAUUUUUUCAUCACGGAAGGGGAGCAUGUGACCUCAGAGGACAGACUUUAUAGCAGAGGUUUCACAGUUUUUGUGUGCGCUGACUGAUGGCUGCAGCAGCACUUAGAUGGACAAUAAUUCUGAUUUAAAUGGCUUUAGUUGGCCAACUUCACACUUGAUUCACAAACUCUGAUGACUGUGGAGACCAAUUUAAAAGUUGCUGCUGCCAGCCUCGUAUUUCAUUUCUAUUGCAGGACCCUCACCCUGUUCAUUACCCUCAUCCUUCGCCGGGAGGAGAAAAAAAAAAAAAAAGCUUGGCAGGUAACUUCUACUUUCUAUAUGUUGGAUUUACACACACAAAAAAAUGUGUUUGUUGAUGUUUGCUUGCCUGCGUGUUUAUUUAUUCAUUCCUUUAUUUAUUAUUUGGCUUUAUAAAUUAUCAACAUACAAGCGGAAUUAUUUUUUGCAUCACCUGACUAUUGUUUUCUUGCUGUUUGAAAAGGUUAAACUAGGAAAAGGGGAGCAGGCGCUAACAAAACUGUACAGGAGGUCCUCGGGCUCCAGGCGAGUUACGUUCCGAGUUUUAGUGUAAGUCGGAAUUUAUAUCAAAAUGUACUCUGCUUUGUAAGCUGCUUAGUUAUUAAAGGCCUACUGAAAUGCGAUUUUCUUAUUUAAACGGGGAUAGCAGGUCCAUUCUAUGUGUCAUACUUGAUCAUUUUGCGAUAUUGCCAUAUUUUUGCUGAAAGGAUUUAGUAGAGAACAUCGACGAUAAAGUUCGCAACUUUUGGUCACUGACAUACUUGCCAA